AUGAAGUUCUCCACUGCAAUCCUUAGCAGCACCUUGCUUGCCACUGCCGCCUUUGCUGCGCCCUUGACCUCCAAGCGUCAGGCCCGCAACGAGGCUCGCCGUCUUGCUCGCGCCGAAGGUCGCUCCGUCCAGCGCCAUGGCAACCCUCCCUUCAAGGCGGGUACCAAGGAAGCCAUCAACUUCAACGAGACCACUUCCGAGGUGGAGUACAGCUCCAACUGGGCUGGUGCUGUCCUCGUUGGCUCCGGCUACACCGCUGUCACUGGCCAGUUCACCGUGCCAACCCCCAAGGUGCCUACCGGCAGCAGCUCCAGCGGAGACUAUGCGGCCUCUGCCUGGGUCGGUAUCGACGGUGACACUUGGAGCGAUGCCAUCCUUCAGACUGGUGUUGACUUCACCAUUGAGAACGGCAAGGCUAGCUACGACGCCUGGUACGAGUGGUACCCCGAUUACGCCUACGACUUCAGCGGCAUCUCGAUCGCCGCCGGAGAUGUCAUCAAGGUGACUGUGGAUGCCACCUCCAAGGCCUCCGGCACCGCCACCAUUGAGAAUGUCACCACUGGUAAGACCGUGUCUCACACCUUCUCCAGCGGUGUCGAGGGUGACCUGGGCGAGGUUAAUGCCGAGUGGAUUGUCGAGGACUUCGAGGAGGGCGACUCCCUCGUUGACUUUGCCAACUUUGGCACCGUCACUUUCAGUGAUGCUGAGGCCACUGAUAACGGCUCCACUGUUGGACCUUCUGGUGCCACUAUCUUGGACAUUGAGCAGAACGACGUUGUUCUUACUUCUGUCUCUGUUACCUCGUCCAGUGUCACCGUCACCUAUGUCUAG